CGAUGUGGAGAAAAUUCUCAAACUUGUGCACAACAAAAAGGGAUUUGAUUCUCAAAUUUAUUCCGAUGGCGUAUCUGUAUCGUUGCUGUACAAAAAAACCGAAAGUACCACUAGUCGAGACAACAGAUGAAGAAAUAAAGGCAAUGUAUGACAGCAACGAGUUGAAAUAUGCUGUUGGAUGUGAUCCGGGUAUGCGUACGUGGAACGCUUCCGUACGACGAUAUUUGCAUACCAAAGAAGAGGUGAAUUUGCGUAUAUCCAGCAAACGAUAUCACUGGGAUGCGAAACAAGGCCGACGUAAUGCAAAAUUCGAACGAAUCACACGAUUGUUUACUUUCGAAGAGCAAGCCGAUCGUAAUCGAAUUGCAGCUAUGAUUGGUGAAAUGCCAUCGCCAAUAGGACCAUCAUGGCGUUCAUACAUUGAACAUCGAUUACGUGUAAUGAAUGAUGGCAUUGAAACAUAUUCAACCAAACAGUAUGCACGCUUGGGACUGGACAAGCAUAUCGAAUCGGUUCGUGCAAUCGACAAGACGGCAUGCAAAAUGGUUCACAAUCAACCAUCAAUCUUCUACAUGGGAGCCAGCGGAUCAAAACCAGCUAAUUCGCCGAUUAAGAUCAAGAAACAUGUCCAGGCACACGGAAGCUGCUUGCGGCCAUUAUGAAACGUGGCAAUUGCAUCAUUCGAAUGGUCGAUGAAUACAUGACAUCACAACAUUGUCCAUUGUGUUUCAAACGAUUUCCACAACAAACUCGACGUGAUCGAUACAAGACAUGUGUGGGUUGUGUACCAAAUCCAGUUGUUGGCUUACCAACACUCAUUGUAAACAAUGUGAGCAAACGAUUACUACAAAUGAUUUUAAAACUCAAAUGAUUCAGCCAGUUUUGGCGGUGAAUAAAGAUUAUUAUUAUUAUUAUUAUUAUUAAAUGCGACGAAAAAUUGAAUGAAUGUGGCGCGAGAUGCGUGAUA